UGACUCAACAUUGCCGAAAACGGGAGAACUCCAAUUAUUUGCGAAUAACUUUCAGAGAUGAGGUCGUCUAGGACAUCCAGCGAUUCAAAAUGGGGGCGCCAGUCAAACGACAACAAAGAUACAAUGCGCUCCUCGCGGCAGGUUAACAAAAAGCUUGUGAAGCUAUUCCUGGCGGAGGCAGACGACAGUGACGCCACCUGCACCACAUCCACUGCCCUGGACACCACCACGACAGACAGUGCGUUUUUUGAUAGUAAUUUCGACGAGGAGAGCACUGGGCUCCAGGACUGCGAUCCAGGAAGCCAGUGCCGCACCUGCUUUCGCAUCAUAUCGCGGCAUGAGGAUGCCCAGGAUCUCUACGACAGGGUCAACAUGGCGCUUCUGCACAACAUAAAGGUCAUAACUGGGGUGUGGAUACAACCAGGAGUGAAGGAACUACCGCAUCACAUUUGCGCAACGUGCCAGGAAACUCUUAAUAAAUCCGUGGAAUUCCGUGCCAAGUGCCAGCAGGUCGACAAAAAGCUUAGGCAGACGACGGCAAAGUGCAAUAUUCAAAUCUGUGACGAGGAAAUGGAGUCAGAGCUGGAAAAUGUGCUCUAUGAAGAGUCCGCCCAGCAGGCAAAGGGAAUUCUAGGACUAGAAGAUUCCAGCUCUGAGUUGUGGUCGGAUAGUGAGGGUGCCCUGGAUGAAGAAGGCUUUCCACUGGAUGCAGAGCCAACUCAGUUUUCACUAAGUGAAGAGGAGUUGGACCUCGACAGAGACACAGAAGAAGAGUUUGUUUUGGAGCAAAACAAGUCAUAUAAUGAAAUAAUUAGCAUACGAAAGUGUAAGACAAAGGAAGAGAUUGGUAAGGUAGAUCACGGAGCCAAGGUCUAUAAGGUUGUGCUCGGUGAGUACAAUAGCCAAAAAGAAACUGCACCAAAGUAUUCGCUUCCACUACCAAAGAGACCUCAACUCAGGGUGAGUCCAGAGGAGAAAAAGCGAAGGCGACGCGAAAGGGUUCAAGCAAAGCCAUUGAACUAUGUCUGCGACAAGUGCGGGCACUCCUUUCGCCAACGCAGUCAGCUGGAGAUGCACUUGCUCCGGCACAAUAGGGCCAAGAAUUUCGAGUGCCCCGAGUGCCCGAAAAAGUUCUACGACCUCUAUACGCGCAACAUUCACGUAAGGGCGAUGCACAAGGGCGAGCAUCCCUUUCCCUGCAACCACUGCAAUGAAGCCUUCGCAAACGCAAGCAGUCGUCACAGGCACGAGAGGGAUGUUCACGGAGCAGGCAAUCGCAUUCGCACGCGGGCGAAAUCGAAAGAAAAGGGACCCAGUCGCCAUUACUGCACCAUGUGCACCAAAAGUUACACCAGCAAGAACGGACUAGUCCUGCACAUGAACUUCCACAACGGAAGCAGACCCUUCCAGUGCAAGAUUUGCCAGAUGAAAUUCGCAGACCCAUCUGCCAUGAAACGACAUCAAGCUUUGCACGACAAGUUUCCCAUUCGCUGUGACAUCUGCCAAAAGGGAUUCCUGCUGCGCUCCCAACUUACAAAGCACCAGGAUGUACACACAGGAAUGCGUCCUUAUCGGUGCGAGAUCUGCGACGUUCACUACCGCCAUAGAUAUAAUCUAAACAAACACAAAACCACCGAUUUGCAUCGGGAUAAUAUGCAGAAAGCUAUAAAAGAAGAAAUUAAUGGACUGCAACAAGCAUUUAAAGAUAUUGAUAACGAUAUCAAGAAAACGGACUUUGAAUCUCAAACACAUCACUUGACCACAUUUAAUCCAAAUGCACAGGGAGUGUGAGCCAGAACUCAGGAUGAAAAGACUCAAAUUCUUGAAUAUUUAUAAUUUUUAUAGAAAUUGAUAUACUUUCAUGGCAAAGUACGUAAUACUUUUAAGGUGAUUGCACGUUAAGUGCCGACAUAGAUUAUGACACGAACAAUAUUUUAAAAAUAUAUAAUUCGUAUAACAAUA